AUGUUUAUUGUUUCAGCAUCUUGGCGGGAUCUGGCAAAUACUAAUGUGUUCCACAAAGGAGAGCGGUUGUAUCUGCAGGUGUCUGCCUCACCUGGCCCAGGUCAACAGCUUUAUGUCCAGUCCUGCCAUGCUUCUUCCUCUCCAGACCCAGCUGACAAGCCCGAAGUCGCCCUUAUCAUUAACAACGGAUGUGUGGCGUCCAAAGAGUCUUUGAAGUUUGUGUAUCGACGGAGUGACGCAGUCAAUUUGGUUCUUCAUACAUCCAGUUUAAAGUAUUCAAAGGUUUAUCUUCACUGCAGUCUCUCUCUUUCUGAUUUGGGUUUGACCUCCAACACCAAAUUCUGCAACUAUAACAAGCUCAAGUCCAGUUGGGUUGACCUGGGUGGCCGAACCUCAGUGUGUGAGUGUUGUGGAAGAAGCUGUAGGGGCUUGUCUAAGCGUGGGGACAUGCCCUGUCUUUUAGAAUUGACUGCAGUAGUAAGCACUGGCCUGCUGAUUAUUGAAGAUCAACAAACCAAGCCACAGGCCACACCAUUGACCCUGUCAGACAGCACCAUUAAGUCCAGCCCUACAUCCAAAAACUUGUCUGAUAAGAAAUGGAUCAUGGCAGGUGCCUCUUUCUCCAAAAGCUCUACAGAAAACAUGGGCAAUGGCUCCCCCUGGCCUGCUCCACCUAAUUUUGGAGGUGGUGCGAUGGUCAUUGACCAGGGGCUGGGAGGUGCUUUAUCAGUGUGGCUACCAGAGCUUCUAGAUCUUCAGUUAAACUCAGUGAUGGACUUCGGAGUUGGUUUCGCAGAAAAUCCUGCAGUUGUUGAUGUAAACUUUCAAAGUGAUGACCCCUUCAGAAGGUGGAAACCAGAAGAAUGGCAAAAGGCAGAAGAACAGCCUGUUGAUGGCCAGCACUGGGAGUUGGCUGUGGAUAAAGGGAAUGCUUAUGUGGAAGCUGCUGAUUCACAUGAUCAUGCGGAAGACUGGUUGGGCAAGCCGGACUUUGUUGUUGCCCACUUAAAUAAGAUUGAGAGAGAACCUAUUGUGACUGUAGAGAAGGUUCAGCUAGAGCAGCCUCAACUUAAACCUUCCCAAAGCCCAUCAAUUGACCAAAUGCCUACAAAUAAGGUCAUUGAGAGCACAGAGAAUGAGGGAGAAAUAGUUUUCAGACAGGCUGAGAUGAUCUUUAAAGGGGCUAAAGGAACCAAAUCAUCAGAGCCACUUCUACAUUCUAAACUGAGUCUGAAAGCAGCUGCAGAUGGUUCCAGUUCUCUCCAUUAUGAAGAACAGAAGAGGCCUGGUUUGAGCAAAAAGAACAUCAACGUGCAUGAACUGAAGAUGGAUGUUGAGAAGAGACAAAAGGAUGAGAAAAUGGAGAAAGCUUGUAAAAUCAAAGACCUUGUUUUAUCCCUUUUAGAUGGAUUGAGAGGACUGUGGAUGAUGCGGUGA